AUCACUUCAGUUCACACAAGCCACGGGCCCGCAGAGUCAGGCUUAAACGGGUUCGGCCAGCAAAAAGUAAAAGUCCCCUGUCCGCGUGUGAGUGUAAUUGUAAGAUAAUGAGUUUAAUUACAAUAUUGCUCAAGGCGUUGUUUGCACUCGCAUUGGCCGUCCUCUUUGGAUACGGCACUGUGGCCGCCUAUGAUCCCAACGAUCCCAAGAUAGCCGAGUGCUGCCUGCCGCCUGAGGGCAACUUCGAGGCCUUCUAUCCGCGGGAAGUGGACGGCAUCCCCAACAGCGCCUCACGUCCUGCCCACGGACAUGGCAGCUUCUUCAAGCACCGGAACCCAGCGCUGGUGGACACAAAAAAUGCAGCUGCCUAUGGCUAUCGGUUUGAUGGCAAGAGGCGUUUCAAUUUUGACUAGCGUUGUUAAGCCAACCCAUCUGUAUUAUACACAAAUAAAGUCCAUUUGAAAACGA